AACCUUAAUACACAAGGCAUAACCUCGAAACAUGACGUGACUGAAAUAGACCAAAGAUACAAGAAUAUACCUGCAAUAGACCAAUUUUAUUAUGGAUUCUUUGUCAUUAUCUGAUUUAUCUACAGAAAUUUUAAUUUGCAUGUUCAAAUAUUUAAAUAUAAAGGAUUUAUGUAGUCUGAAACAAACAUGUAAGAGAUUCAAUGAGGUUAUCAAAGCAUUUGAGAAUUCUAUUGUAGGAUACCAAGAAACAUUAGUGACAAACCAAAAGGAUCCCAGAUUUAUUAUAAGGCAAACAUCGUCAGAACGACUCUCGAACUAUGAGAAGAUUAGAAUAGAAAACAAUUGGAAAAGAGGAAGGUUCAAAUUAAAAAACACAUUGUUAUAUUCAAGAAUAAAAUAUAUGUCAUGGUUAGAGUUAAAUGAAGAAUGUUUGUGGGUCUGUCAGGGCCAUAAGUUGUAUGGUUUUAAAAAGGAUGAAUGUUUAAGGCCCUGCCGACCAAUUUAUACAAUCACAAGUAAUGUGAGCAACACAGAUAUUGUUAAGUUUAAAGUCAAAGGCAAUGAUGUGCUUAUAGGAAAGAGAAAUGGGGGACUAUGUUUAUGGUCAAAAGAACAAAAUGAAUUUCAAUUUGAUCUCGAGCUUCAUUAUUUAGAUGUUACUUGUGUAGACAUAUCACUUAAAGAAAACAUUUUCAUAUCAGGAUUUGAAGAUGGGUGCUUUGCAGUAUGGGAAAAAAGUUCUACAGGAUCAAGCAAUUUAAAUAAAAGAUCAACCAGACUACUGCCAGAUAAAAUUUGGGCUGCUACACUCUGUGAUGACGUGCCUCGUGUGGCAAUUGGAACAUCUGGACAUACAUACAACCCUAUUUACAUACAUGAUAUAGACAGUAAUUCAGAUGCAAUGCAGCUGGGCGGCGCGCAAUCGAACGGCGUCCUGGAUCUGAAAUGGGAGAGUCCGUGGUGCGUGUGGUCGUGUGGCUACGACGGUACCUUGUGCAGAUGGGAUUUGCGCUCUAACGAACCUUGCGUGCAACGUUUUAAGGAUCCUAACGGAAUGGUGCUAUACUGUCUUGAGCUGGACUAUCACAACACCGUGAUGGCAGGCGGUCAGCUGCACUCCCGGGUGUCGAUGUGGGACACGCGGCAGUCCAAAUGUGUUCAGGUAUACUUCACAUCCAGUCGGAAUUCUCCUGUAUAUGGAAUGUCGUUCGAUUCCAAAUACUUGUUCACAGUGAUAGAAAACAGUGUAAAUAUUUUAGAUUUUUCGAUUUAUAACGGCGGUAAGAAAGACUACUCAAAAUUAUUAGUUCUAACAUAGAGUUUUUAGGACACACAGACGAGUAAAAGUAUUUUUAUUAUAAUUAAAUAAAUUAUUUCGACAAGAUAA